UUAACAUGUCUUUUGACGGUUCAUAUUAGAAAUGUAAUUUAACGAGCUCUUUUUCAAUGUGGCGCGGUCAAAACGAUUUCGUUGGAACUCAUGGAGUUAACACAGCUAGCGUUGAGCUAAUGUUAGAAGACGAUAGCUAGCAACGGUUAAUUUUAAGACAGUUUACCCUCUAGCUACUUUGUUGUCUUUCAGGACAGGUGAAGGACUGAACAGUAUUUUCCAAGACAGUUGAAUUUAAUGAACACCAUGAUUAAGUGUUUGCCUAAAGAGGUUCAGGGGAAACUCCGCUCCGGUAUUGCUAUACCGUCACUUCAGCAGUGCGUAGAGGAGCUUAUCCUGAACAGUAUCGAUGCCGAGGCGACCUGUGUGGGAGUCAGGAUGGACAUGGAGGCGUUCAAAGUUCAGGUGAUCGACAACGGUGUUGGGAUGAGCGCUGACGAUAUGGAGUGCGUGGGAAACCGAUACUAUACAAGCAAAUGCAACUCUGUUGAAGAUCUGGACAACCUCAGUUGGUAUGGUUUCAGAGGGGAAGCCCUGGCAAGUGUAGUUUCUCUCGCCACACUUGUUGAAAUCUCAUCCCGGACCAGAUCGUCAGUGAAAACUCAUGUCAAAAUCUACAAGGGUGGCAAAGGCAUGGGUGUAUUUGAGGCAGAGACUGCACGACCCUCUGCAGGGACAACUGUUGUCAUUUGUAACUUCUUCCACAACAUGCCAGUCCGGAGAAAAAGGAUGGAUGCUGUACUGGAGGGUGAGAGGAUCAGACACAGAGUAGAGGCUAUUUCUCUGAUGCAUCCCUGUGUAUCUUUUACCCUGAAGAAUGACUGCACUGGAGCCAUGAUUGUGCAGCUUCCUAAAGCCAGAGACACCUACCACAGGUUUGUUCAGAUACACAGCCUCGGGCGAGCACAGAAACUUGGAGAAAUCAGCUACACGCACGGACAGUUUGAAGUGAUCGGUUAUAUUGGCAGAGAGGGCCACUACAACAGCAGCUUACAGUUCCUGUAUGUAAAUAACAGAUUGCUACUGAAAACACAGAUACACAAGCUGCUGAACUUUCUCCUACGCAGACUGAGCAGUUCAAAUCAGAAAAAUGACAGUCCGGAGUUGCAAUCUACCAUCAGGACUCCAAAGCACAAACGAAGCCAAGAGCUGCAUGGAGUAUAUGUCAUCAAUAUCAAAUGCUCUUACUUGGAGUAUGACAUAUGUCUAGAGCCUUCCAAAACUCUGAUAGAGUUCAAAGAUUGGGAUGGUAUUUUGCUCUGUAUGGAAGAGGCAGUGAAAGCUUUCCUCAGCAGGGAGAACUUGGUGGCUGCACUUUCUCAAGAUGACUUGGACUAUGUAUCUCCCAAACUGUUUGGCAUUCACAAUACAGACCAAGAGGGGCACAACAGUGGCAGUGGUGGCCCUUCAGCUACCGCUGCUCCCACGCUAGAUUGCUGUAUUGGAAUGAAACUGGCAUCUAAUUCUGUUCAUCGUAAACGCAAAGAUUACUGUUUAAGUGAAAACAGUGUUUGCCAGGAGUCUGGUCUGAUGGAGUGCAAAGAAGGGACUGAACAACUGGGACAGGAAAAGAUAACUGCAAAUGAGUUGGAGAAGAUAAAAGGUGAAGGAAGUGAUAACAAAGAUCGUAGAGAUGAGCCACUGGGUGAUCCGCCAAGACUAGAACCUGCAUCUGAUAAUGAAAUUACUGAAGAAGAGGGGCCAACAUUUAGUGAAGCUGGGGAAAGCUCUCAGAUUUUAUGUAUGUCAAAUUCAGUUCGACAACUAGAAAGUGAAAAAGUGGAAUUUUCAAAAGAAAUUGAGAUAAGACUAAACAAUACUUCCUCAACCAGCAAUGUGACUUCACUAGACAGCAUCACCCAACUUAUUCAGCCUGAAUUAGACAGUACUGAGCAAAUAUUACUGGACUGCCAGGCCCCAGGAGGGCAUGGACAGAUUUUACAGAGCAACAGAAAGAUCAGUCUGUCUGAUCCAUAUAUUCAUGAAAGUCUGAAGACUCAGGACUUGUCCCAAAUCAACAAGUCAGUAAAUCAGGUGCAAAUUUUAGCACAGACAUGCGAAGACAGAUCCUUUGCAUCAAAACGCAAAAUCUCACUAGACGCAGGCCGUCAAAAACUAUGCACAGACUUUGCUCCUAUUAUUCCCCCAAAGAUUCCCAAGAUUGUAACUUGUCAAAAAUUGUCUUUAUGUAAGGAGUUGGGAUCUCUUGAGAAGUUUAGAAGAGUAUAUGGUAAAUCUGAUGAACUGAAAUUACCCUCUGAAGAGAAACAUCAAGAGGAUAAUACUAGACUCCCUCAGACGCAAAGAUUUGCUUUGAAUUCCCAGAAUUUGUUGGUUUGCGAGAAAGAUCAGCAAGAUGGUGAUGUUACAGAAAGAGAAGAGACACAGGCCGGCCUCCGAAGCCCACCGACCCUCUCAGUUUUCACCAACUUAAAACCAGUCCCAGCACCGAAUAGAGGCAAAAAGUCUUUGGCAACUAAACUCUGCCAUUUGAAAAACCACAGGACGGGCGAUUCAGAAGUAUUUCCACAUCUGUCCAGGACUACCUCACAGGACAAUACUUAUCUCAGUGGAGGUAAUAAUGGCAUCCAAGAGAGCAAUAAUGACAAUCACUGUGAGAGUGCACUGAAUCCUGAGCCAGUCCCGGGUUGCAGUACAAGCCCUCAGCUGACUGAGAGGCAAGAUGGUUCAGCAUCAGGUGACUGGCUUCACCUCUACGAUACAUCUGUGGGCCGGACAGUUUACGUCAACAAAGUGACUGGGCUCAGCCGAUACGAGGACCCGCCUACUGAAGAAACACAAGUGUGCUGUACAUCUGAUAUCACCAAUAUGGCGGUCAGCGUCUUCUCUGAAAUGGGGAUGGAAUACAGAUGUUACCCCUUUCAGGUGGAUCAAGUGUUGCCCUUCCUUCCUAAAUCCAGGACAGAAAGAGUGAUUAGUUCAGUGCUAGAUUAUAGAGACGACAGUGUUGAGAGCUCCAACUCCCUUACUUCACUGUAUUCAAAAUGGAAUAACCCUGUGUUUGUCCGACCUCCUAUGGUUGGUGUGGACAUAUCAAGUGGGCAAGCUGACGGACUGGCUGUCAAGGUCCACAACAUCCUGUUUCCAUACCGUUUUUCUAAGGCCAUGAUUCGCUCAAUGAAGGUCGUUCAUCAAGUGGAUAAGAAGUUUCUUGCAUGUCUCAUCAAUACAAGAGAUGAAAAGCCUGCAGCACUCACAGAAACUGAAGGAAACCUUCUGGUGCUGGUGGAUCAGCACGCUGCACACGAGAGAGUUCGACUUGAAAAUUUAGUUGCAGAUUCCUAUGAAGAUGACCCAGAUGCACCAGGGGAGAGACGUCUGUGUUCAUCAACCAUUUUGCCACCUCUUGUGAUCAGUGUGACAGAAGAGGAGCUAAGGCUGCUUAGGUCUUGUCAGCCACAUUUGCGGAGUUUGGGCCUGGAAGUGAAGUUCUCCCACGCAGCGGAUCCACAAGUUCUUGUAGGGAAGGUACCACUGUGCUUUAUGGAAAAGGAGAGCAAUGAGGUCAGGCGAGGGAGACCAUCUGUUAUCAAGCCUAUUCUCGAGGAGUAUCUUCGUGAGCAGAUUGAGUUACUUCGCUCAACCGGUAGAGUGAGAGGAACUCUGCCUCUCACUGUGCUGAAGGUGUUAGCCUCCCUAGCAUGCCAUGGUGCCAUCAAAUUCAAUGACAGCUUGAGUAGAGAUGAAUGCUACAGCUUGGUGGCGUCCUUGUCCUCCUGCCAUCUGCCUUUCCAGUGUGCUCAUGGCCGCCCAUCCAUUGCUCCCUUAGUCGACAUCCUUCAUUUGGACAAAGACCAGAAGGAAUUACAGAAACCCAACCUCCAAAAGCUGAGAAGAAUGUAUAAAGCAUGGGAACUAUACGGAAAUAGAUAAGUGGGUGUGUAUUUUAUUUUAAAUGUGUACUUUAGAACUUUAUGUAAUUUAAAAGAGUUUUCUCAUUAAAUGGCUCAAAUAGUCAAAA